CGCUUCCGUGCAACUGGGUCGCAACAAGACAGCCGCACGAAUUCCCCCCAAACCCCGAAAAGGUCACGCCGCCGCUGCGACUCCGGCCGCCGGCCUCCCCUCCUAGAUGAAAUCUCAGCAAGAAUCGACCGCCGGCGGCCGCAAGAGGCGGCGUAGAGGAGGAGUCGGGAAACGCCAGAAGGAUUCUUCUUCUUACUCACAACAGGCACCUCUGCCUGACCCUCCAGCGGAUGGGGCCUCCCCCCUGGAGAAGCGGCGUCGCAAGGCCGGCGAGGCCGCCGCAAUAUCCAAGGGGCGCAAGCCUACGAGCCUACUCGAAAAGAUGCGUGCAAGGUUAUCUGGAGGUCAUUUCAGAAUGUUAAACGAGAAACUGUACACUUGCAGUGGCCAGGAUGCAUUUGACUACUUUAAAAAGGAUCCUGAGCUUUUUGACGUGUAUCAUGCAGGAUAUCAAGAGCAGAUGUCACAUUGGCCAGAGCAGCCAGUUAAUGUGAUAAUCAAGUGGUUGAAGAGUCAUAACAAAUCAUGGACCGUUGCUGAUUUUGGAUGUGGCAAUGCAGCAGUUGCUAAAAACGUGAAGAACAAGGUCUUCUCCAUCGAUCUUGUUUCAGAUGACCCUUCGGUGAUCGCUUGUGAUAUGGCUCACACCCCAUUGGAGCCAUCCUCUGUAGAUGUGGCGAUAUUUUGUCUUUCUUUGAUGGGAACCAACUUUCCGAGUUAUCUACAGGAAGCUAAUAGAGUCCUCAAGCCAAGUGGUUGGCUUCUUAUUGCGGAAGUGAGGAGUAGGCUAGACCCAAACACCGGAGGUGCUGAUCCUGACAAGUUCUCUGAAGCCAUCAGCCAGCUCGGCUUUUCCGUUGUUUCGAAGGAUGAGAAGAACAAAAUGUUCGUCCUGUUUUAUUUCAGGAAAAAGGAAAAGAGCAAGGUGGUGGAAAACAUUGAAUGGCCCCAGUUGAAACCUUGCUUAUACAAACGGCGAUGAUCUCAUCCUCCACUAUGGUCGCUCUAGACCUCUUCCAGAGGGUGGUUGAAUUAAUGGAUCGCUUGUGCUAAACUAGUCAGGCUUUUCUGCUCCUAUUUCUUUUACCUUUGGGAAACUGUAUGUUCAAAGAAUCAGACCACACCAGAUAUGACCUAGUAAGCGCUGUAACUCAAGGCAGUUUAGAAGUGUAUUGUUAUACAGUUCUGAAUCUGCUUCAUAUCUUCUUGCCUGGGCCUUGUAAACGAGUGGAUGAUAAGAUCAACAUAGUGUAUUAUUUAUGUGUUAUUCAUUAUGUUUGGUA